CUUUUUUUCUCUCUGCUGUGCGUGUCUGUCUUUGUUUGUCCUCUCCACUCUCUCUGACACACACUGCUGAGUAAAUGGCGUAAACUUGAUGCCUGAUAGUGCAAGCAAAGCAAACACCCCACAACCUUCUCUUUUAUUUAUUUAUUUAUUUUAUUUAGUUUUUAAUCUUCUCCUUCUUUUUCAUAAAACUCACUGUGGAUUCCUCUUUGUCUGUAAAAAAAUCUGCUUUUCUUCUCUCUCUCUCUCUCUCUCUCUCUUCCUCUUUCCUUUUUGGCCUCCUCUCACUAUUUCUAUAAGCUCUCUUUGUUUAGCGCUUCACUAGCAAAAACCCACCUCCAUAACUCUUCCUCUCUCUCUUUCUUUCUUCUUGUUCUUCUUGCUCUAGCAGGUUAAUCUGUUUGCUUUUUUUUUUUUUUUUUUUAAGAUUUUUUUCCUUUUCCUUCCCUGUUCAUGAAUCAUGAUCAUGAUCAAUCUAUCUCUAUUACCCAUUUAGCCAUAACUAUAUCUCUGUCUUUUCUCUUUGCAAACCUUAUCUUUUUUGGCUGUGUGGAAAUUGGUCUUUCAUUUCUAGUUUUUCCGUUUCUACGUGUGGGAAAAGAGAAACAAACAAGGGGUUUUACCACCACCCAGUACUAACCCCUCUUUCUUUCCAAUCCAUCAUUUUCUUCCUUAGAGUAGUCUAGGGUCUGAGUGUUUUGACUGAAUCCCCCAUUUUAUCUUCCGCUCUCUUUCCCUCUAUCCUCAUCUCCCUAUCAAUCACAAAGAGAAAGAUAUAUAUGCAUAUAUAAAGCAUAGAUAGAGAAAGCAGUUUGUUUGCUUUAAUUGGUUUGUUCCCAUGGCUAAUUCCUUGCUGCAGUGUCUGCUUCAUCUUUCUUUUUCUUUCUAAGUUGACCCCCAAUUAAGAGAAAACGAUAUGGAUAUUCAAAGUGUAGGUGGCUGAAAACCCCCCUUUUCAGCACAGCCCCCUUGGCCCAUCAAGACCCCCCACUCUCAUGCCAGUUUAAAUUCUCUCCCUCUCUUCCUUUUUCUUCCCUCUUUCAAUACUUGUUUCUCCCUUUUUAUUCAAUCAGCAGCUUAAUUUGACAGUUAUAUAUAUAUAUAUAUAGCUUUGCUUGUGAUUUCUUGAAUUUCUUCUUUGUUGGGUACAUACGCAAGAAACUUGAGGGUUUUUUUUUUUUUUUUUUUUUUCCUAGUUCAGAACCCCACUGUGUUUCUAAUAUUUUUGCUUCCUAUAAAAAGUUGUAGAGAGAUCUCCUAGGAUUUUAUAUUGGAAGCAAAAGGGCCAAAAAAAAAAAAACCACUUUUGAAUUUUAAUCAUUUAGGCCUCAAAAACUCCUCUCUCCAUCUCCUAUCUUUGUUUUUUUGCUUCUCUUUUGGUUUCCAAACAAAGAAACAAAAGUCAUAAUAUAAAAUAAAGAGAGAGAGAAGAAGAAGAAGAAAGGAGGAGGAGGAUAUGGAACUUUCAAGUCAAGAAGGAGAAAUCCCAAUCCCAAUAAACAGUGCAUUUGGUGGUGGUGGUGGUGGUGGUGGUGGUCAUGGUCAUGGGCAUUUGAUUCAUCAUGACCCAUCACCCCACAACCACAUCAUUCCCUCUUCAGCACCACCUCAAAUAGUCCCCUCCAAUGGCUCAUCCAUGCCCACCACAAGCCUAGAUGACCACCCAACACCAUACAAGAAAGUUGUUAGGUACAAAGAAUGCCUCAAAAACCAUGCAGCAGCUAUGGGAGGGAAUGCCACAGAUGGGUGUGGUGAGUUCAUGCCAAGUGGAGAGGAAGGCACCAUUGAAGCACUCAAUUGCUCAGCUUGUAAUUGUCACAGGAACUUCCAUAGAAAAGAGAUUGAAGGUGAGCCCAACCCAUGUGAUUGCCACCAUUCUUCUUCACCACAUAUAAACAGGAUUGGUAGGAAAUUCAUUUUGGGGCACCAUAAGAAUAUGCUACCCCCUGAGGCAUUGGGUUACCCUACAGCGACAGGGACUUUUAUACCUUCAAGAGCACCACCACCUCACCAUAUGAUAAUGUCUUACAACAUGGGGUCCCUCCCUUCGGAAUCUGAUGAGCAAGAAGAUGGUGGUGUUGGUGGUGGUGGUGGUAUUGGUGUUGUUGGUGGGGCAGUAAGUACCAGAGGUCCACAUAUGGUGAAGAAAAGGUUCAGGACAAAGUUUACUCAAGAACAGAAGGAGAAAAUGCUCAACUUUGCUGAGAAAGUUGGGUGGAAGAUUCAGAAACAAGAAGAGUCUGUGGUGCAACAGUUCUGCCAAGAGAUUGGUGUCAAGAGGAGAGUUUUAAAGGUUUGGAUGCACAACAACAAGCACAAUCUAGCAAAGAAAAAUCCCACUUCUGCUUAAAAAUAAUAAUAGUAAUAAUAAAACCAAAAUCUCUUUCUCUUUCUCUCAAAUCACAUCCUCUUUUUAGUAUGUUCUCUAUUUCCUAACAUCUUUAUCGGGAGUCAUUUAUUAUUAUUAUUAUUAUUAUUAGCUCUGAAAACCACCACUGUCUUUACAUUGUCUUUUCUAUUUGUCUUUAAUUGGUCUUUUUUUAUUUUUUGUGUUUUUCUUAAUUAGUGUGUAAAAUAACAUUUGGUUUCUGCAAUAUAUAUAUAUAUAUAUAUAUAUAUUAUGAUAUGUAGCUUAGGAACAAAACUUGGGUUUGGUAGUGCACUGUUGGAGUUGUGGAUUAUAGAUUGUUACAGAUAAGAAUUUUAUAUAUUCUUGUCCAAUCCAAUUCACUGGAAAUGGAUUGAGAUUGCUGAUCAGUCUGCUGAGGUAGUCGUACUGCAGUUGUGAGAUGUACUGAAAUUUUUUUAUCUGAGUAAGAGCUACUUAGUUUAUUGCUCUCUUCUUUUUCUA